GAUCCAGGCUGCAGGAAGUGAAUUGAGCUCGCUCCGGUAACCCUUUGUGGCUGUGCCAAUUCCUGGCUCCCGGCAUCGCCCCCUGCGAGACCCCAGAAAAGCCCCCUGCGGGUGGGGACCCGAACCCUGGCUGCGGCAGAGGCAAAGACCUGGGAGGGAACUGGGCUGUGAAAUGCACUGAAGACCCUUCUGAACGAUCCCCAAUUGCCCUUCUCACCCCUGCAGGUCGUGGAAUAACAACCCUGUGGCCGUCACGAUUGUCCCGACCUCCCAGGUGACAAGAAAGGACAAUGACUAUGGCAGAGCAAACUCAGAUGCCGGUGACCUUCGAGGAGGUGGCUGUGUAUUUCACCCAGGGGCAGGGGGCUCUGCUGGACCCCGCUCAGAGAGCCUUCUACAGGGACGUCAUGCAGGAGAACUAUGAGACGGUGACCUCGCUGGGAUUUCCCCUUCGCAAACCUGACCUGAUCGCCCGACUGGAACAAGGGGAAGAGCCGUGGGUGCCCGAUCUCAACAGCCCUGCAGAAAGGGAGAUCCUAAGAGGUGCCUGUGCAGGUGAUGAGACGGUGAGUCAGAAUGAGGAGAAUCCUCAGCUGGAAUGUCCUGAGCUAGUGGAACUGCAUGAGAUGUUCUCAGAGAGAUCCAAAGGGAACGUUUCCCAAAACAGUGAGCAGGAAAAAGCCUGGGAGAGUCAGUGCAUGUCAGAAGGGCAGGUGGGAAUCCAGCCAGGGAGGAAAGCAGACAGAUCCAAUUUUUUGGGGGGAGGAUUCAAGGAUCUUAAGGAAACCACAGCCCAGCAGAGAAUCCACCUGGGAAAGAGAAAAAACAGUUGCACUACCUGUGGGAAAAGCUUCAGCCGGCACUCUAACUUUAUUUCUCAUCAGCGAAUUCACACAGGAGAGAGACCCUAUACAUGCUUGGAGUGUGGGAAAAGUUUCAUUCAAAGCACACAGUUGAUCAGGCAUCAGAGAGUGCACACAGGAGAGAAGCCCUAUAAAUGCCUCCAAUGCGGGAAAAGUUUCAAUCAGAAUUCACACCUCAUUAGACACGAGAGACUGCACAUGGGAGAGAAAUUGUAUAAAUGCACCGAGUGUGGGAAAAGCUUCCAUCGGAGUUCAGGUCUUACCUCACAUCAGAGAAUCCACACCGGACAGAUGCCCUUCAAAUGCCUGGAGUGUGGGAAAAGUUUUGAUUGGAGCUCACGGCUUAUUGCACAUCAGAGGAUUCACACAGGAGAGAGACCUUAUAAGUGCCCGAAGUGUGGGAAAUGUUUCAUUCACAGCUCAGAUCUUCUUUCCCAUCAGAGAAUCCACACAGAAGAUAGACCCUAUAAAUGCCCCCAGUGUGGGAAAAGCUUCAAUCACAGCUCAGAUCUUCUUUCCCACCAGAGAAACCACACAGGAGAAAAACCCUACAAAUGCCAGGACUGCAGGAAAAGUUUUAAUCGGAGUGCUCACCUUUUUAGACACCAGAGACUGCACACAGGGGAGGACUCUUAUAAAUGCCCCAGCUGUGGGGAAAGCUUCAGUCAGAUCUCAGAUCUUAUUUCACAUCAGAGAAGCCACACGAGUGAGAAAUCCUUUGAAUGCCUUGACUGUGGGGAAAGGUUAAGUGACAGGUCGGCCCUUAAUAGACAUCACCGAACCCACACAGGGGAGAAACCCCAUAAAUGCCUCGACUGUGGGAAAAGUUUUGAUUGGAGCUCAAACCUCAUUGUACAUCGGAGAAUUCACACGGGAGAGAAACCCUAUAAAUGCGCAGAGUGCGGGAAAAGCUUCAAUCGGAACUCGCACCUCAUUCGACAUCAGAGACUUCACGUGGGAGAGAAACCUUGAAUGUGUCCUCCCUGCAUUUAGAAUGCACCACUGCGUGGGACUGAUUCCUAUAGCGCUCCAUCGUGGGCAGCCUCGAAAAGCCUAGAAGCCUAAGAAUCCCACUGCAGCCCGAGCAGCAUCAGCCUCUGAGAGCUUGUCUAGACUUGGGAAGGGGGUUAGGGUUAGCUAGCACAACCCCAUCUCCGACCAAACCUUCCCCACUGUUCCUAGUGUUGGCUGACUCGGAGUGUCUCAUUUGUAUGGUUCCCCCCAAUUAGCAAAGUGAUUGUGAAUCCCUAAGUUCCCCCUUCAGAGACAGAUGGGCUUCUUCCCAGUCAUUCUGAGGAUGACCCAUGCCGUUCUGAAGAGCUACUAUUUUUUGUACCUUUUUCCUUUUAUAAAACGUAAGUGAGUAGAGAGCUGGAGCAGAGAGAGAAAAAUGUGUUCUCACAGCCUCCGUGUUACUUAAGGCGGACAGGGUGAGCGGGGGAGGGGGAUCCACUCUUUCCCCCCUCCAUUGUCACAGUCCCCCUUGACGCAGCAGACACGAAGAGUUGAUUCUCCCCCGUUCUCCCGCUCCACUCCCCCAGUGUCUCGUGCUGUCAGCUCUCCGUGCUCAGGAGUCACGCCUUGACUGGUUUGAUCCCUGAUUAGACCAACGAGGGCUGGAGAAGCAAGUGUCAGAGACCUGGAGGGAGAAUUCGAAGGAAUCCCAAAGCCAGUGUGGUUGUUCUGAGCUUAAAUCCACGUGCCAAGCUAUUGGUAAGAGGCUAGAUCCUCAAAGGGACUUUGGCACAUUAAGUUCCUAAAUCCAACACCUAGGCAGCACUGAGAUCCUCAAAAGCCCUGCUUAGCUGCUGCCUAACCCUGCAGGUGCCUGCAUUCCCUAGGGGCCUAAACUCCUGCCAGUAAAGUCCUCUGGGUAUCUAAGUUUUAAGAGGUCAUCUACUCCAUCCCGCCUUGCUGGGGCAGGAUUAAAUAUACCUAGACCAUUCCUGACAGGUGUUUGUCCCCUGUGUUCUUAAAAACCUCCCGUGAUGGGCAUUCCAUAACCUUCUUAGGGAAAUUGUUCUAGUGCUUAACCGCCCUUAUAAGGUUUUCCUAAUAACUAACCUAAAUCUCCCUUCAUGCAAAUUAAGUUGAUUACUUCUCGUCCUGCCGUCAGUGGACAUGGAGCAAAAUUGAUCACCAUCCUCUUUAUAACAGCUCUUAGCAUAUUUGAAGACUGUUACCAGGUCCCUCCUCAUUCUUUUCUUCUCUCGACUAAACAUGCCCAACUCUUCCAACCUUUCCUACUCGGUCAGGGUUUCUCACCCUGUUAUUUUUGUUGCUGUCCUCUGAUCACUAUCCAAUCUGUUCGUAUAUUUCUAGUGUGGUGCCCCAAACUGGACAUGGUUCUCCAUCUGAGGCUUCAUCAGUGCCGAGUACUUUGGAGCAAUUACCUCCCAAAUCUUACAAGCGAUGCUCCUGUUAAUACAUCCCGGAUGGUAUUUGCCUUUUUCACAACGGCAUCACACAGUUGCAUUGACAACAGUCUAAAGCAGUGGUUCUCAACCUAUUUACCAUUGUGGGCUACAUAUGCAGCUCUCUCUGUGUUUCAUGGGCCACAUCUACACAGUAUAUAUACGACCUAUCUGGCCCUGAGGAAGUUACAUGGGCUGCAGCUGUGUACUAAUUGUGCCUCAAGUUGAGAACCACUCAUCUAGAGUCAAUGACUCUGAUUGUCUCCUAGGGGUCUGUACUGGGACCGAUGUUGUUCAACAUAUUCAUAAAUGAUCUGGAAAAAGGGGUGAAUAGUGAGAUGGCAACAUUUGCAGAAGAUACAAAACUACUCAAGAUAGUGAAGACCCAGACAGACUGUGAAGAGUUACAAAGGGAUCUCACCAAACUGGGUGACUGGGCAACAAAAUGUUAGAUGAAAUUCAAUGUUGAUAAAUGCAAAGUAAUGUACAUUGGAAAACGUAAUCCCAACUAUACAUAUAAAAUGAUGGGGUCUACACUAGCUGUUACCACUCAAGAAAGAGAUCUUGGAGUCAUUGUGGAUAGUUCUCUGAAAACAUCCACUCAAUGUGCAGCAGUAUUCAAAAAAGCUAACAAAUAUUGGGAAUCAUUAAGAAAGGGUUAGAUAAUAAGACAGAAAAUAUCAUGUUGCCUCUAUAUAAAUCCAUGGUGCACCCACAACUUGAAUACUGUGUGCAGAUGUGGUCGCACCAUCUCAAAAACGAUAUAUCGGAAUUGGAAAAGGUUCAGAAAAGGGCAACAAAAAUGAUUAGGAGUAUGGAACGGCUUCCGUAUGAGGAGAGAUUAUAAAGACUGGGUCUUUUCAACUUGGAAAAGAGAUAACUAAGGGGAAAUAUGAUUGAAGUGUAUGAAAUCAUGACAGAUGUGGAGAAAGUAAAUAAGGAAGUGUUAUUUACUCCUUCUCAUAACAUAAGAACUAGGGGCCACCAAAUGAAAUGAAUAGGCAACAGGAUUAAAACAAACAAAAGGAAGUAUUUCUUCACACAGCACAGUCAACCUGUGGAACUCUUUGCCAGAGGAUGUUGUUAAGGCCAAGACUGUAACAGGGUUCAAAAAAGAACUAGAUACAUUCAUGGAGGAUAGGUCCAGGAAUAGCUGUUAGCCAGGAUGGGCAGGGAUGGUGUCCCUAGCCUCUGUUUGCCAAAAGCUGGAAAUGGGCAACAGGGGAUGGAUCACUUGUUGAUUCCCUGUUCUGUUCAUUCUCUCUGGGGCACCUGGCACUGACCACUGUUGGAAGACAGGAUAUUGGGCUAGAUGGACCAUUGGUGUGACACAGUAUGGCCAUUCUUAUGUUCCUAUGUUUCCUAUCUACUGGCCCAUCCGCAUGCAACUAUGAACUCUCUACUCAGAAACCUGACUGGGGAAGAGUCCAGAGUUUCUCAGUCUGGGAACCUGGCAAAAGGGGACAGAGACUAUAUUUAAAGGGGGUGCCUUUCUGUGGGGGGGGGUCUGCCACUCCAUGGGAUUCAGAGAGAAGGCAGGAGGGGCUCUCCCUAGCCUGAAUCACAGACAAAACCUGGAGGAGAGCAGAGAAAAGCAGAGGAGAGAGUGGGUGAUGAGCUGGGAAAUCCGUGAACAAUUUAUGAAUGCGCUGUGAGGUUCUGCACUUUCUGUGUGCAUCUGUGUCAAACUACUAACCCCAUUUUCAAUUACCAGGCUGAUCUCUACCUUGCCACUGUCUUCCGACCUCCAUCCUGAGUUAGAAUUCCAUAAGGGUUGCUGGCACAGGGCUAACAAUGGAGGGUUGUUAACCUUUGACCACUCGCCAUCCACUCAGGUCAAGAGAGAGCAGCUCAGCAAGGCAAAGCCAUUUUUAUAGGCCAAAGUCAUCAGGGAGGAUCACAUGGCAACAAAGUCACCUGGCAAGCAUCUGCGGUGGCCGGGGGAGGACCGUCAUUUGAUUUGGGGAAGGGUAAAUAUUAUAAAAGAGCAGGAGUUGCUUCUUCUUCAGGGCCAUUUAGCUCAAGAGGAGGGUGAAGUCCAGCAUGUAGGAGCCUGAUGAGACAGGGAACUCUGCCUCCAUACCUGAACACAGGUGGUCCCCCAAAGACUACCAAGGAUAGGGUGAACUAACGAGGGGCACUGCACUGACAAUGCUUGUUGUGUCUGUAUGAUCAUGUGUGCUUUAGCUGUUAAGUAAAAGAGCCAUGGUGGUCCCUGUGCAAAGUGUAUGUGUGUGUUACAUAUAGGCUUGGAAGGACUAAUUUUUUAUCGGUAAAUGUUGAUUUCACUGUACACACGCAAAUAGAUGUAAAAUAGUUCAAUUGAAAACAACUUGAAAUUUAUAACUAGGCAAAGUAAGAAAAAUGCUACUUGAGAAACUUUAGAGUCCAAAUCCAGGUAUUUAGACCUUUUCAAUUAGGCUUAUUUCAAAAGGAGCAGGGAACGAAUAGUAAAAACAAGGAUGAUUGGUUAAUGUAAGGAUAUGUAUUCUGUAUAUUUGGAUGUGUAAUGCCAACAAUUUGUGGUUUAAUGGUUUAUAAAAGUUUUAACUUUUCGACUCU